CUCGCUCCUCUUUCUAAAUUCUACCGGUGGAAGCUUUUGCGAGAGGGAGAGGGGGAAAGAAAAUGCCAAUAGAAAUGCCGAAAGGGGUACCGUUCUCGGUGGAUACAUGGAGUCCAAGUUCAAAGAGGAAGAGGCACCAUUUCUUAACCCAUGCCCACAAGGACCACUCCCUCGGCAUCUCUGCCCACUCCUCUUACCCAAUCUACUCCACCCGCCUCACCCAAACCCUCCUCCUCCGCUUCUUCCCCAACGUCUCUCUUCAAACCUCAUCAUUUCUCUCUCUCUCUCUCUCUCUGUUUUCUUCUAUCCAUCUAUCUAGGUUUUCAUUUUUAAUUAUUUUUGCCUUCUGCCUUUUGCAGCUUGAUGAAUCUUUAUUUGUGAGCUUUGAGGUUGGGCAAUCCGUGGCCAUUGACGACCCUGAUGGCCUCUUCACGGUUACGGCCUUGGACGCCAAUCACUGUCCUGGAGCCGUAAUGUUCUUGUUCGAAGGCAAGUUCGGUAAUAUUCUCCACACCGGGGAUUGCAGACUCACACCUGAGUGUCUGCAAAGUCUACCAGCCAAGUACCUUGGGGAGAAAGGACACAAGCCUAGGUGUCAACUUGAUUAUGUAUUUCUAGACUGCACAUUUGGAAAAUUCACUCAAAAAAUCCCCAGCAAGGAGUCAGCAAUUCAGCAGGUAAUUAAUUGUAUAUGGAAGCAUCCUAAUGCAGUCGAGGUGUAUUUAGCUUGUGAUCUUCUUGGUCAGGAAGAGAUACUGACUAGUGUGUUCCGCACAUUUGGAUCGAAGAUAUAUGUUGAUAAAGUGACCAAUCCUGAGUGUUUUGAUGCUCUGGCAGUCAUAGCUCCUGAAAUUGUCUCUCAAGAUCCAUCUUCACGCUUCCAGCUGCUUGAUGGAUUUCCAAAACUCUAUGAGAGGGCAAAAGCAAAGGUUGCAAAGGCUCAAGUUAACUUAAAGCCUGAACCUCUCAUUAUCCGUCCUUCAGCACAGUGGUAUGCUUGCGAGGGAGAAUUCCUAGGUAAUGAAAGUCAAAGGAUGUUGAAAUUUAACGAAGCAGUAAGGGACCAAUUUGGUGUUUGGCAUGUCUGUUAUUCAAUGCACUCAUCAAGGGAAGAAUUAGAGUGCUCUCUGCAGCUUCUACUGCCUAAAUGGGUUGUUUCAACGACCCCUAAUUGCAGGGCUAUGGAGCUGCAUUAUGUUAAGAAGCACUGUUGUAGCUCUAAAAUAUCUUGGGACGAUCCUGUUUGGAAACUUCUAGACAUUAGUGUGGAACCUUCUUCAAGUACAGAUUAUCAAUCAAUUAAAGUUGUGGACUCUCCAGCGUCUGAAGAGCCUACUCAACAUCGUCCAUAUUCUCAAGCGCUACCGGUAAAGAUAUCUGCUUCCCAGAAAGAGUUGUUCGAUUUCUCUCCUCCAAGAAAAAGAUUGUCUGUCACGUUAUUUGGUAAAGCUAGGUUCGGUUUUGAAGAAUUGGGUAUUCAGCAGGAAGAGAAGAAAACUGUGUACAUAAAAGAUGAACGAAGACAAGAUGUUGACAGUAGAGUAGGAGAAAAGUUGUCGGGCCAGAGGGAAGAGACCAGGGUAGAGAGUGGUAUUAGUGAAGUACAAUGCGAAAAGCCCGGUGAGGAAGCGUUAGAAGCUCAGAAAACCAAUGGCAUUGUCAUUGGGUCAUCACAGUACUUCAAUGAAAGAUUGAGAAGGUUAUACAGGCCAGUGAAGGUGCCUGUGCCGCAGCCGCUUCCUUCAUUGGUUGAACUUAUGAAUGCCCACAAGCGUGCUAAGAGGAUAUUUGAAUACUCAUCUUUCAAUUAAGACAUGUUCAGAUUCAUUCUCUGGCACUCGGUUUUGACCCAUUUGACAACAUAGAACGAUCUAUCUUUCCGGUCUGCUUUGUGGAAAAAAUUAUUCUGGCGAUCCUUGGGUACAAUGCAGAGAAACAUACUGUUGUUUGUGUGCAUUUGAUCGGUCGACUAGAGCGAUCUUUACAAAAAAAUACA